AUGACAUUUGCUCUAAGGUGUCGUGGGAAAAGUAGAAUUGCGUCUUGGGAUGUUCGCAGUCAAUUUUUAGAUCUGUGUUGACAUUGUCCGAAUCGAGAAAUUCUGUAUCAACACCAAGGGGCCUUCGAGAUGGUACUUCAUCAUUUGAUGGUUGGCACUUGGACGCCGCCCGGGGCCAUCUUCAGCUUUGAAUUCGAUGAUGAAGCCCUUAGUUUAAAACUGGUCCACCGCGCCGAGAUCCCUCAAGACGAACCUAUAUCAUGGAUGACAUUCAAUCAUUCAAGAAAAACAAUCUAUGGUGCUUCCAUGAAGAAAUGGUCAAGUCAUGCCGUUAAUAGUCCCACCGACAUCAAACACAAUGCUUCACAUCCUAUUUCAGGCCACCCUCUCGCACCAAAUGCAGACACUAAUACACGCGCCAUCUUUGUCCUGGCCGCCCAGAAACCUCCCUACAAUGUCUAUGGAAACCCAUUCUACAAAUACGCAUCGCACGGAAAUGUAUUUGCUGUAGCAGAAGAUGGAUCAUUAGCCAGGAAUAUCCAAGACUAUGAAUACGAAGAAACUGCUGGUGUCCAUGGCAUGUCCUUUGACCCUACCGAAUCAUAUCUCUACUCAGCCGACAUGGGCGCCAACAAACUAUGGACACACGAGAAGGAUCCGGAAUCCGGCAAGGUGGAGCUAGCCGGCAGUAUAGAAGCGCCAGGGCCAGGAGACCACCCACGCUGGGUCGAAGUACACAAGAGUGGGAAGCAUUUAUAUCUGCUCAUGGAGGCGGGAAACCGCCUGGGAGAGUACAGGAUCGAUCCAGAGACGCAUCUUCCUGAAUUCACCGGCAAAAUAUUCCCUCUCUUCCCUGACGAACUACUCCCAAAUAAGAAAAACUAUCGUGGAGAUGUGGUAUUUUGCUCGCAAAGCGGCAAGUACCUGUUCGCCACCACGCGGUCCAACACAAUCGGUAUCCCAGGAUGGAUCAGUGCGUACCGACUGAAAGAUGACGGAAGUAUCGAAGACCAGAUUGUCCUACAACCCACGACGUCAAGCGGUGGCCAUUCAAAUGCACUGGGCAUGUGCCCUUGGACCGAUGAGUGGAUCGCUGUGACUGAUGAUACCGUUGGAUUCAUCGAGAUGUAUCGUUGGCGAGAGGAAAAGUUUGAGAUUGUGGCAAGAUGCGAGGUCCAUGAACCCGGAUUCGGCAUGAAUGCAAUCUGGUAUGACUAG